GCCUGCAGCACCAGACAACAUCAGCCAUUGUCCCUCUGUCAACACCCGUGCUGGCACCUGGGGGAAGCUCAUUGUGCUGCCAGACCCACCCCCAGGCACUGCAGAGAUUAGGGGCUGAUGCUUUCCUUUUUAAAUCGCCUGGCUCAUCCUGUUCCCGUCACACUGCGGCGAGGAGUCUGUGAGUCGCCCUCUGCCAUGGACUGGGCUCCAUCCCUGCUUCUCUUCUGCGCUCUCUCCGUCUCCUUCACAUGGGCUGCUACCACCGAACCCAAGGACCAAAGCAAGGGAGCAAAAGGAAAGAGAAAAGGACCGGCUAGGGACAAGGUCCAGCUGCCGGAGGCCCAGGCACCCAGCCCCGACCCCAUGCUGAAGAGGAACUCCAUGGCCUCAGCGGCGGACAGCCCCUACACCCUGCUAGAGGAUUACGAACAGAGCAUCCAGGAGAUGGUGAGCCAGCUGCGGAACAGCUCAGAGCCUGCCGACAGCAAGUGUCAGGUCAACCUGAGGCUCUGGAGGUCCAAUAAGAGGAGUCUGUCUCCGUGGGCCUACAGUAUAAACCACGAUGCAACGCGGAUCCCAGCAGACAUCCCAGAGGCGCAGUGCCUCUGCACUGGCUGCAUCAACCCCUUCACCAUGCAGGAGGAUCGCACCAUUGUCAGCAUCCCUAUCUACAGCAAGCUGCCCGUCCGCCGGCUCCUGUGCCACCCCCCUGAGGGCUCGGGAGCCAAGACCCGCAGGAAGAAGAAGAGGUGCCACAAGGAAUACAAGAUGGUCAUGGAGACCAUUGCCGUGGGCUGCACCUGCAUCUUCUGAGGACAAGAGGGUCCUCUCACCCUCACUCCAUGCUGGCAGCACCAAACCCCCGGCCUCUGUGUACACCAGCUCCCAUCUAACCAGCCUCCUUCUCUUGCUGGAUCCAUUUGGCAAGGGCCCCAGCCAGUGCCCACCAAGCCUAUCCCGCAAGGAGGGGUGGUCAAGGCACAAGCAGUGUGUGUGUGUGUGUGGUGGUGAAUCUGAAGCAAGGAGGCAGCUGCUUAGACUAGAGAUGGUUUGCCCCUUUGCACCCACAUAUCCCUAUCUGGCUCCAGCAUGAGCAACUGCUGCAAGGCCCUGCUCUUUGGGGUGCCCCGUGUGCCGUGCCAGCUCUGCAGCUUGCAGCAGGGGCCCUGGAAGGAAAGCCAUUCUGCAACCCCCUACCCCAAGCUAGCUCCUCAAGCAGAAGAAGGAGGGGAAGGGGGGGGAGAGAAGAUGGAGAUGUCUGCCAUGCAGGGCUCCACUUCUGCAAGGCUUGGGAGCUGUGAAUGGCAACUGCCACUCCCACUCCCCAUGCCCCUCAAGACAGCACUUCAGCCCCAUUGGCUGCCGCCUGUCACCUGCUCCCCUUGCUCAGCAGCCGCUUGGUUCUGGGCUCGCGGCUGCACACUUGCACUGCUGCACAGCCAUUCGGGCUAAUUGUCCCACCGAGUCCAAGGGGCCGCCCCUUCUCUCAGCCAGGCAGCACGACCAGAAGGGAGGCAACACCUCAUGGGCACCUCAGGCAGAGGCCGGGAAAGGCAGCCACUCCGGGCCUGAUUUCCCCCUAUAGCUCCCAGCAGUGCCGGCACAGGAGAGCCACUCUGUGGCCAGGCUAGCCCUGCACCCACCCCAGGUCUGCAGGGAGGGUUGUAGUUGAUGGUGAGUACCAUGCGCCCUGACCCCAGCUCCCUGCAGCUGAUUCCACGACUCUCUGACCUGGCAGGUAUUGGUGAAAGCACAAGCCAGGGCUGCUGUGGGCCAUGCCAGCAGCUGAUCACUAGGGAGGGGGCACGUCUGCUGAACCUAAGCCCCCAGCAGCAGAUGCUGCCUGUGAAAUUCCAGACUCCCUGGCCCCUGCCACCCAUUGGGCUGCACCCAGCUGAGGAAUGUGCCUUAUCUCAGUGCCACCGGGACGGGGCCUGGCCCCACUAGAACACCCGAUAGCAGCGUCCGGGUUGGAGCAGGAAGCCUGGCUGGGUGCCAAGGGCCUAAGGGCUUCUGAUGCCUUCCAAGGGCAGCGCGUGCUAACGAGUGGGAAGCCCACCAUAGAAAUCACCCCUUGGGGAGGGGCAGCGCCCCCUGGAGAAGGCUGCCAUGUCCAGCUAUGCAUGGAGCAUAGUAGCCCCCAAGGAGCAGGGCAGGCGAGGGUGGGGUCAGAAGACAGCUGGGAGUGGAAGGGUGGGGCACAGUGUUGGUCUCUCACCCCAGGCAAGCCUGGUUCAGGUACGAAGCCAGGCAGCACAGGGAAGGGGCUGGGUCCUGGAUGGUCUUUGGGCACUACACCAGGACUGCCCUUGGCACCGUGGGAGUGUCAAUCCCUCCUCCCCUGGCUGAUCAGAGCCCAUCUCCCCUUUGCCAGCCUCUCUAACACCCUCUGCUGCAUCCAUCAACAGAACAAUGGCAUUGACCCUGCUACUGCCCCCUCACAGAGCAGAGGGUCUCCUGCAGCUACCCCUGCUGCUCAUGGAGAGGAUACUGAAAAACAGACGAAAUCUGGCUGGGCCUGGUUCAAGUGGCAGUGUCUGCAGGAUGAGCCUGAGCUGGGCUAACCUUCAGCAGCACCACAGCCCUUCGCACACACUGACCAACUCAGCCUCACAACCGGUAUUGCGGUACCCAUUGUACACACGGGGAAACUGAGGCAAAGAGGUGGCGAGGCUUGGCCAGUGCCCCGGGCCAGGCAGUCCUGGUACAGAGCAUUAGCUCCCUCUGUUUCUACUGAGGAAAGUAUUUCUCCCCCAAGGAAGGGGUAAUAGCCACCACCCUAUCCCCACCUCAGACACUGUCCCCCCAGAGCCAGCCCAGCUCCUCUGGGUACAGCAAAUAAGCCGCCAACCCCAACAGCUUGGGAGCUUUAACAGGGAAGGUCAGAAGGGAGGCAGGGCCCCUCGUGCCUUGGCCCUGCUGGAGCUGUGGUUGGCGGGUUACCUGCUCUGCAGUUCAGAGACAGCACUGGAGGCUGACAAUGGAGCGCAUCCCUCACCACAAUCUGCUGGUCACCACUCCUCAGCCAAACCAACCUGGCUCCUUGGCAUUUACUUCCCAUUACACCAGCCCCAGCGCACGGGCCACCCUCCCACAGUGGGGCUGGCCAUUCCUCAAGGAGCCAGAAGGGGGUGCUAAUGCUUCUCUUCUAGUCCCAAAAAACUGAACUCAUCAUCUCCCCCCUCCCCCCACAACUAUUCCUCAGCCCCCCUCCAUUGGGGAUGCUGCUGGCCAGUUUCCAUCUCUGUUACCACAGGGCCUAUCCAGCCAGCCAGCAGAGCAGUCUCAACUCAUCGGGGCCACAGGGCCACCGUGGGCUGGUGGUUAAGACUAGGGAGGCCACAUGGCUCUGGGCAAGGAGAGCUUUCACUCAGCUCACAAGCAGCUCUCAGCCAGGGGGCGCCGCACAUCAAAUUUCUAGGCAGCACCAACAGUCUUUCCCUUCACUCAUGGGGUCACAAUGCCACGCAUUGAAGUCUGGCCCAGCCAUCCCUGUCUGACAGAGCGGCAUCCGGGCCCAAUUUCAGUGCGUGUUGUGAUGGGGCAUACGGGGUCUUCAAUGCUGAAACUGAGAAAUACUGCCCUGAACACUGGGUGGAUAUUAAGGGACAUGCUUUUAAAAGGUUUUCUAGCCUUUGCACAGU